GCGGAAUCCCACAAUACCAGGCGGGCUGUGAGCGCCGAGCCGCCGCCGUCGCUUUAAUGCAAGAGGAAGCGAUGCGGAGCGGGGGAAAAUGGCAGAGUUGCAGAUGUUGCUAGAGGAGGAGAUCCCGUCUGGCAAGCGGGCGCUGCUCGAGAGCUACCAGAACCUCACUCGCGUCGCCGACUACUGCGAGAACAACUACAUCCAGGCUCCAGAUAAAAGGAAAGCGUUGGAAGAGACCAAAGCCUACACGACCCAGUCUCUAGCCAGUGUUGCUUAUCAGAUCAAUGCACUGGCCAACAAUGUCUUACAACUGCUGGACAUCCAAGCGUCCCAGCUCCGGAGGAUGGAGUCUUCCAUCAACCACAUCUCCCAGCUGUUUUACAGGGAAAUCCGGGACAGGUUGGUCGGUGUUUUUGCCUCGGAGCGGCCGCCUGCGACUGUGGACAUCCACAAAGAGAAGGUUGCUCGCAGAGAGAUAGGCAUUUUGACGACCAACAAGAACACGUCGAGAACCCACAAAAUCAUCGCGCCAGCGAACAUGGAGCGGCCUGUAAGGUACAUUCGAAAACCUAUAGACUACACGGUGCUGGAUGAUGUUGGCCAUGGUGUCAAGUGGCUAAAAGCCAAGCAUGGAAAUAACCAGCCUGCAAGAACUGGCACCUUGUCAAGAACAAAUCCGCCUACACAAAAACCACCAAGUCCUCCCAUGUCAGGCCGGGGAACUCUGGGACGAAAUACUCCUUACAAAACCUUGGAGCCUGUCAAGCCGCCAACGGUCCCCAAUGACUACAUGACCAGUCCUGCCAGGCUGGGCAGUCAGCACAGCCCGGGAAGGACGGCGUCCCUGAACCAGAGACCGAGAACACACAGCGGGAGCAGCGGGGGAAGCGGCAGCCGAGAGAACAGUGGCAGCAGCAGUAUUGGCAUUCCCAUUGCCGUGCCUACGCCGUCGCCGCCCACCAUCGGACCAGCACCCAUUUCUGUUCCUCCUCCUCCUGGAGCACCGCCAGCACCACCACUGCCUCCACCUCUCCCGAUGGGCAGUCUGAUAGCUGCUCCGGGCUCAGCUCCUGGUUCCCAGUAUGGCACAAUGACCAGGCAAAUCUCGCGGCACAACUCUACCACUUCUUCAGCAUCUUCUGGUGGAUACAGACGGAAUCCUUCUGUGACUGCCCCAUUCUCUGCUCAACCUCAUGUUAAUGGCGGGCCUCUUUACUCUCAAAAUUCAAUUUCCAUUGCUCCCCCCCCUCCCCCUAUGCCUCAGUUGACUCCACAGAUACCUCUCACAGGCUUCGUGGCCAGGGUGCAGGAAAACAUUGCCGAUAGCCCGACUCCUCCCCCCCCACCGCCUCCCGACGAGAUGCCGAUGUUUGAUGACUCUCCUCCUCCUCCGCCACCGCCCCCUGUGGAUUACGAGGAUGAGGAGGCUGCUGUUGUGCAGUACAGCGAUCCCUACGCGGACGGAGAUCCCGCCUGGGCGCCUAAAAACUAUAUAGAGAAAGUUGUUGCUAUAUAUGACUAUACAAAGGACAAAGAUGAUGAGCUGUCGUUCAUGGAGGGUGCAAUCAUUUAUGUGAUAAAGAAGAACGAUGACGGCUGGUAUGAAGGAGUUUGCAACCGAGUCACUGGCUUAUUUCCUGGGAAUUAUGUCGAAUCAAUCAUGCACUAUGCCGAUUAAAAUGUUUUGCUUUUCAAGUUGGGUCUUGUAUUCAGUCAUACCAUGAUUAUUUACAAGGGGUAACUAAAAGCUAACAGAAUUGUCUUAAUAUACUUUGAAAAAAUGUGCCCAUUUCUUCAGGCCAUGCUGUUUUAAUGGUAUGAUUGAAUGUCCAUCUCUCAAAGUCUCUGGAGACAGUAUGUCUUACUGAUGGCAAUUUGUAAAACAAGCAGCUGUCUAUUACUGGUUAUACUUAUUUACUUAUGCAUUGUUAAUUUUAUGACCAGCCUAAAUAUUCUGGGGAAGUAGGGUAUAAUAUUUAAUGAACCAUGAUUCAGAUUGUGCCAUUACAUUUUUCAGUACAGCAUGGUAACUAACACUACGUUAGACUAACAUAUUAAAAUCUGGAUGAGAAGUUUAAUGUUAGUGCUGGUCAUAUUACUUUUUGUUUAGACUCUUUGCUCAUUCUUGAACUAUAUUUGUUUAAAGCAUGCAUACAAACUUAUGUAUUGAAAUAUACUUUUUUAAAAAUCCAAGAUGCUUCCAAUUUGUUGUAAUCUUUACCUGGAGUAUUCUCACUAAAGUCUAUUAC